AUGUCCAACAGCAGCUCCAUCACCGAGUUCCUCCUCCUGGCAUUCGCAGACAAGCGGGAGCUGCAGCUCCUGCACUUCGCACUCUUCCUGGGCAUCUACCUGGCUGCCCUCCUGGGCAACGGCCUCAUCCUCACAGCCAUAGCCUGCGACCACCGCCUCCACACCCCCAUGUACUUCUUCCUCUUCAACCUCGCCCUCCUCGACAUGGGCUGCAUCUCCACCACUCUCCCCAAAGCCAUGGCCAAUUCUCUCUGGGACACCAGGGCCAUUUCCUACACAGGAUGUGCUGCCCAGGUCUUUUUCUUUUUCUUUUUCUUUUCAGCAGAGUAUUCUCUUCUCACUGUCAUGUCCUAUGACCGCUAUGUUGCCAUCUGCAAGCCCCUGCACUACGGGAGCCUCCUGGGCAGCAGAGCUUGUGCCCAGAUGGCAGCAGCUGCCUGGGGCAGUGGAUUUCUCCAUGCUGUGCUGCACACUGCUAAUGCAUUUUCUCUGACACUUUGCCAAGGCAAUGCUGUGGACCAGUUCUUCUGUGAAGUUCCAAAGAUCCUCGAGCUCUCCUGCUCAAACUCCUACCUCAGGAAAGUCUGGAUAAUUAUGGCUGGAUUCUGUUUAGCGUCUGGGUGUUUUGUUUUCAUCGUGCUGUCCUAUGUGCAGAUUUUCAGGGCUGUACUGAGGAUGCCCUCUGAACAGGGACAGCACAAAGCCUUUUCCAUGUGCCUCCCCCACCUGGCCGUGGUCUCCUUGUUUCUCAGCAUGACCAUAUUUACCUACCUGAAAUCUCCCUCCAUCUCACCAUCUCUGGACCUGGUGGUAGCAGUUCUGUACUCAGUUGUGCCACCAGCAUUGAACCCCCUCAUCUACAGCAUGAGAAACAAGGAGCUUAAGAGUGCUGUUAGGAAAGUGAUUGCAUGGAUAUUUCUGAUUAGUGAUAAAUUUCCCCUCUAUCUACACAAAUGA